AUGGCGAUGGCGCCGGCGCACACGCUAAAUCUAUGUGGCGUUCUCUCAGAGUCGAAGCGUAUUGUAAACGCUCACUCACGCCACUUCCUCGCCUUAUCAGUCCUCUUUCUCCUCCCUCUGUCCUGCUCUAUCGUCAUCUACCCUACCCUCUACCUCUCCAAUCCCCGAGAUCACUUCGUUUCCAGCGUCGGCGAUUACACCUUCAAGUCUCCAGAAACCCUAAUUUUCCCUCUCAUCUACACCAUCGUCGUCUAUCUUCUCUCAACCUGUGCCCUAGCCACAAUUACCCACAGCACAUACCAUGGUUUCUAUGGUAGACCCGUGAAAUUCUUCCCAUCUCUCAAAUCGAUAAUCUUCUCGUUCUUCCCUCUCGUUUUGACGACAAUUGCAGCUAAGUUUUUUCUCUUUCUCAUCUCGCUGAGUUUCUUUAUGUUCGCUUUUGUAAUUGUCAAGUUAGCGGAAAACCUAGGGUUUACAGUCGACUACAAUUCGAGUAAUUUCCUAUGGUUUUGCGCUUUUCUCGCUGUAGCUUUGGGUCUGGUUAUGCUUUAUUUCCAAGUGAUUUGGGGAUUGGCUCCUGUGAUUGCUGUCACCGAAUCGAAAUGGGGUUUUGAGCCGUUGUGGAGAAGCUCGUAUUUGGUGAACGGGAUGAAGUCUGUUUCGUUGUCAUUGAUCCUUGUUUUUGGGGUUUUAAUCGGGGUUUGGGUGUGGAUGACUACGAACAGUGUGUUGGGUUUUGCCAUUGUUGAAGAUUGGAAUAUCUGGGAUUUCGUGUUGCAGACGAUUAUCAGUUCUAGUUUCUUAAGCUUUUUGACAAUAUUUUUGCUUCACUAUACCGCUGCAAAUACUGUGUUGUAUAUGUAUUGUAAAGCUUUACAUGGUGAAUUAGCGAUUGAAAUUGCUGAGGAGUUUGCUCGUGAGUAUAUUAGUCUUCCCUUUGAUGAAGACAAGAUUCCUCAUAUUGUUACUGUUGUCUCAGUUUGA